GUCUUUUAGACUUUUGUUAUGAACUUUUUGAAUAGGUCGAGAAACUCGAUAUCGAACUUGGAGUAUUCUGCUCGUUCGCUUGCUUUGACCAACUUCGGCACCUAUGAAUGUUACCUUGAUGUAGCUACAGCAGCUAAUGACUGAACCCAGCAAUGCGUACAAGGCAGGCGCACGAUCGGCUGGACAGUCUGAAGAGAUUGAUGUAACCAUUGUUCCAGAUCGCGAACAAGUUUGAUAGCCGUGUCAUUUAAAUAGAAAGAUGGCCAGCUGGGCUACAAGAUGCACAUGGGUGAUGAUGCUGGGAUUGUUCCUGCUCGCUGCAGACAACUUUGGCUCAGUUCAUGGACUCAGAACGCGUCAAUACCACAUUCACAAGCUUCAUGCAGAGGACAGUUUGCCGAGUAAUCGCGAGGGUGACAUGGACAGCGAGUCACUACUUCACAACGACAUCGUAAGGAAAUUGAACUCAGGUCGAAAACUGCUUCAGAGGAUGACACCACCUAGUAAACCUUCAGUACCUAUGUCCCCAAAGAGAGAACCUCCCGCAAAUGAUUGAUUUGUAUUUUUGUUUUGCAGCGAGUUUAUGCAUUCACAACAAACGCGCAAAUUUGAAUAAGAAAUCUAGAUCGUUGCAGGCAUGCCAUAAACAGAAGCGUCCCGAGAUUUCGAUUCUUCGGUGCGGUGGAGAAUCAGUUCCCGCAUCCAGUUGACUUAGUAAAUACUAGAAGUUUUAUUUCUAAGAAGUUAAAAAAGAAAAUAAGAAUAGAAAUCAGAUUAUGUUAGCCUAGGUUGACUUCUGCUUUUGCUUUCCAUCGUAAGGAUCGCACCGAUCUCGGAAAUUGUGCAUCGAUUUUCGAGUUGUGAUUUUGAGGCGCAGUGCCUCUCUAUUGAACUUUAUCAAUUCAUCAGAGGUAAAUGCAGAAGCAGUAUCACAUGUACAAUCUGUACAAAGCUAUGCAAGUGCACUUCGAACCACUUUACUCAAUUUGUAUUCAAGAUGCUACGAACAGUUUUGUACACUUCUACGCUUUUAGUAAAACCAAAAGUCUAAUCUA